AGUGCUCCCGUCAGACCGCGCGGCGCUUGGGAGGACGACAUGGCGCGAGAGCUGCGGGCGCUUCUGCCGUGGGGUCGCCGCCUGCGGGCUCCGUUUUGGCCUCCCGCGCUGGCGUCCGCUCCGGGAGGAAAGUCAGUUCUGUGUCCUCAGAGGACCCCACUCCAUUUCAGGAGCCCCAGGCAAAACCUAGCUUUGAGCUUCUACUCCGGACAUCCAUACAGUACGUCACAGGCUGCUGAGGACAAGAAGGAGGAGCCCCUGCAUUCCAUUGUCAGCAGCACUGAGACGGUUCAAGGGUCCAUCUCCAGGCAUGAGUUCCAGGCGGAGACGAAGAAGCUUUUGGACAUCGUGGCCCGUUCCCUGUACUCAGAAAAAGAGGUGUUUAUACGGGAGCUUAUCUCUAAUGCCAGUGAUGCCUUGGAAAAGCUGCGUCAUAAGUUGAUGUCUAAUGGCCAGACACUGCCGGAAAUGGAAAUCCACCUGCAGACAGAUGCUGAGAAGGGCACCAUCACCAUCCAGGACACUGGCAUCGGGAUGACACAGGAGGAGCUGGUGUCCAACCUGGGCACGAUCGCUAGAUCAGGGUCAAAGGCCUUUCUGGAAGCACUGCAGAACCAGGCGGAGGCCAGCAGCAAGAUCAUUGGCCAGUUUGGAGUGGGUUUCUACUCAGCCUUCAUGGUGGCCGACAGAGUUGAAGUCUAUUCCCGCUCAAUAGCCCCUGGGAACCCAGGUUAUCAGUGGCUUUCAGAUGGCUCUGGAGUGUUUGAAAUCGCUGAAGCUUCGGGUGUCAGAACUGGAACCAAGAUUGUCAUCCAUCUCAAGUCAGACUGCAGAGAGUUUGCCAGUGAGACCCGGGUUCGAGACGUGGUGACAAAGUACAGUAACUUCGUCAGCUUCCCUCUGUACCUUAAUGGAAGGCGGAUUAACACCUUGCAGGCCCUCUGGAUGAUGGACCCCAAGGACGUCGGUGAGUCGCAGCACGAGGAGUUCUACCGUUACAUCGCUCAGGCAUUUGACAAGCCCCGCUACACCCUGCACUACAGGACAGACGCACCUCUCAGUAUCCGGAGCCUCUUCUACGUGCCCGAGACGAAACCAUCCAUGUUUGAUGUGAGCAGGGAGCUGGGCUCCAGUGUGGCGCUGUACAGUCGUAAAGUCCUCAUCCAGACCAAGGCUGCAGACAUCCUACCCAAGUGGCUGCGCUUCAUUCGAGGUGUGGUGGACAGUGAGGACAUCCCUCUGAACCUCAGCCGGGAACUCCUGCAGGAGAGUGCACUCAUCCGGAAGCUCCGGGACGUGUUACAGCAGAGGCUGAUCAAGUUCUUCGUUGAGCAGAGCAAAAGGGAUGCUGAGAAGUAUGCGAAGUUCUUUGAAGAUUAUGGCUUGUUCAUGAGGGAGGGCAUCGUGACCACCGCAGAGCAGGAGGUCAAGGAGGACAUCGCCAAGCUGCUGCGCUAUGAGUCUUCAGCACUGCCUGCUGGGCAGCUGACCAGUCUGUCGGACUAUGCCAGCCGCAUGCAGGCUGGCACCCGCAACAUCUACUACCUGUGUGCCCCCAACCGGCACCUGGCAGAGCACUCGCCCUACUACGAGGCUAUGAAGCAGAAGCACAUGGAGGUCCUCUUCUGUUAUGAGCAGUUUGAUGAGCUCACCUUGCUGCACCUUCGAGAGUUUGACAAGAAGAAGCUGAUCUCGGUGGAGACGGACAUUGUGGUCGAUCACUACAAGGAGGAAAAGUUUGAGGACAUGUCACCAGCCAGCGACCGCCUUUCCGAGAAGGAGACGGAGGAGCUGUUGGCCUGGAUGAGGAACGCGCUGGGGUCUCGAGUUGCCAAUGUGAAGGUGACCCUCCGCCUGGACACCCACCCUGCCAUGGUGACAGUGCUAGAGAUGGGGGCUGCACGGCACUUCCUGCGCAUGCAACAGCUGGCCAAGACACAAGAAGAGCGUGCGCAACUCCUACAGCCCACACUGGAAGUCAAUCCCAGGCACAUGCUGAUCAGGAAGCUCAGCCAACUGAGAGAGCCGGAGCCUGAGCUGGCGCAGCUGCUGGUCGACCAGAUCUAUGACAACGCCAUGAUAGCAGCAGGGCUGGUGGACGACCCCAGGCCUAUGGUUGGCCGCCUCAAUGACCUUCUCAUCAAGGCCCUGGAGAGACGCUGAUGACCUGGUCCUCUCAGGUGGCAAAGGAGAUAUGUGCCUGGGAAGUGUCCCCGAGGCAGAGAGAGUAAGGACAGGAGACCACCACCUCCUUGAGUUUUAUUUACCUCCAUUAAAGUAUUCCUUAACCCA